CACGCCGACGCGGCGGACAACGCCAAGCGGCCGCCCGGGUCCGGCGACAACUCCUAUCGGUCCGACAGGUGGGACCUUAAACUUACUCCUACUCAUCACUGCGGGGCCCGCGGCCGCACGCCGCCCCCUCUGGGCCGACGCCGGGUGGUGGCGGUCCACCAAGACCGUGUUGACGCGACGCCCCGCCACUGGACUGGAGGCGAGGCGGGCCACCACAAGGCAAAGCUGUGGACCGCGCCUCCUCACUCCUCGCUCGGCCGGCUCCGCCCUCGCCAAAUCGAUUCCGAUCUGUGCCCUGUGCAGCGAUCUCUCUGCUGCGCGCCGAAGGAGGUUGUGAGCAUGUACACGCGGCGCAACACAACUGGAAAGAAGGAUGCGGCUGUCUGUUAUAUGAAUGCCCCUCUACCGUACGCCAUUGAGGAGAAUCACGGUGGAUGCUUCUUUGAUGAUGACGAUGAUCUUGCACAAGUUCUUCAAGAUCAGGAAAUAUUGUAUCAAUUAUUUCAAGGAAAUAAUGGUAGCAGCUCAUCAAGAAAUCAUUCAAUUCCCAGUUCUAGCUAUGGUCAUAAUCGAACAUCAAAUGAACGAAAACCAUCAGGAGUUGUAAACUAUGACUAUGAGUUGCAACUGGCGGUUGAUGAAGCUUUAGCUAGAGAGUUGCAAGAAAUGGAGGGCCAACUAGCCAAAACGUCACUUAAUGACAACAAUGGAAGAAAGCCGACAUCCUCUUCAGCAUCUGAUAGAGGCAAUAGUUCUGCAAGCAGACCUCCUCAGGUAGUGGAGGAGGAUGGAAUUGAUCCUGAUAAUAUGACUUACGAGGAACUACAGCAGUUAGGGGAAGCUAUUGGUACUGAAAGCAAAGGGCUGCCUGAAAGUGUCAUAGCACUCUUACCGACCUCAACUUACAAAAUUAGGAUAUUCUCAAGAAACGAAAAACAUGAUGAGUGUGUGAUCUGUUGUAUGGCUUACAAGAACAGAGACAGGCUGACUCAAUUGCCCUGUGGACAUCAAUAUCAUCAAGCUUGUGUUGCCAAAUGGUUACAGAUCAACAAGGUAUGCCCUGUUUGCAAUAAGGAGGUUUUCGGCUCGUAAAAUGAGGAUUGCAGAUUCAUCUGAUGGCCAGCUCCAGCGAUCAUCUGAAUUGCCGUGGUUAGAUGCGCAUUACCCGUAUAAGCAUGCUGCAUGGUUGCUGAAAGGUAGCACACUGUAUUGCUUAAGGAUCCUACCGCCACCCAAACAAGUGAUGUCUCGAGGAAAAUCAAUAUGAUCUGUGUUUCUGAACUUGAGUCACUGGGACAUUCGGACUUGAUGUGACACUGCAGUCCAUUUUAUCAUCGCAUUGUGCAUAUUGGCCGGUUCAUUUCAGUCUCUUGGCUCCACCUCAUUCUUUAUUCUCUGGAAUGUUGCAACUUGGAUUGAAUCAUUAAUGGUACGAAAAUUUAGGCACC